AUGGCAGUCUCACUCGCUGUCGUGAAGCGGGUGGCGGCGCGUCUAGAAGCGAUGCUGGUGGUGGACGAAGCGUCUGUAGCAGCACGGCGACUGGCCGCUUUUCGCGACGCUGGCGUCCCGCUUCCUCGGCCAUCCCCUACUCACGUGGACACACCAGUAGGUACCAGAUACCUGAUCGAUGCUGAAAUGCAAAAGGCUUUAUCUACAUUCGUGCGUCGUUCGUGCCUGUCAUUCGAAGAGACUGUACGCUUAUGGCGAGGACAACAUGCCGCUGAUGCCAGACCCAACAAAGCGUUGCGCGGGCACCACCUCGCGUGGCUCCCCCACGGCUACGACAAGCAAGCUCUCCUACUCAAGGUCAUUGCCGACGGCGUCUGUCAUAACUUCCGUGAAGGUUCAACCAUACCACGUCAGCUAUCGCGAAACCACAAGUCGGCGAACACGCUCGAGAACGCGCUCUGUCGGAGUAUUCGCGAAGGCCAAGACGCAGGGACCUAUUUGGUCGUGGAUAUUGAUGUGGCCGAGCGCUGGAGCGUACUGUCUUACAGCCCGUUCGGAUGCGUCCCAAAGGCGGACACGGACCCAGCUCUCGAGGCAAGAGUCAUCCACGACCUGUCAUUUCCAGUCAGCGCAUCGGUGAACGAUCGGUCUGAUCCGGACGAGCUACCGCAGCUAAUUUACGAGCAUAUCGGCGCGAUUGCACGGCGGAUCGAGAUCUCAAGCAGCGCUCUCCGUCUACGCCAGUCAAGCUAA